AUGACGAAACAUGAAGAAGAGAUUCAUAAUAAUGGGGUGAACUUAUCAACCCGAAGAAGCUUUGGAACAAAACUGAAAUCUGGAUUGAAAGAAACUUUUUUUCCAGAUGAUCCGUUUAGACAGAUUAUGGAAGAGGAAAAACCGUCUCGUAGAUUGAUUAAAGGGGUGCAAUAUUUUAUACCAAUCUUUGAGUGGUUACCAAAUUAUAAUGUCAGAUUAUUUAUCUCUGACUUGAUUGCUGGUCUCACCAUCGCUAGUCUCGCCAUUCCUCAAGGCAUUAGUUAUGCCAAACUCGCUAAUCUUCCUCCUCUUGUCGGCCUUUAUUCAAGUUUUGUGCCACCAUUAGUGUAUGCUGUGUUUGGGAGUUCAAGGCACAUGGCAGUUGGAACAAUAGCAGCUGCAUCAUUGCUUAUUGGUGACACAAUAUCAACUGUAGCAGACCAUGAGAAAGAACCAGCAUUGUAUCUUCAUUUGAUUUUUACAACAACUUUUGUCACCGGUGUUUUUCAGGCUUGUUUGGGUUUCUUCAGGCUUGGAAUAUUAGUUGAUUUCUUUUCUCAUUCUACCAUUACUGGCUUCAUGGGAGGUACUGCAGUGAUUCUCAUCCUUCAACAACUAAAGGGUAUUUUGGGAUUGAAACAUUUUUCAACCAAAACCAAUGUUGUAUCAGUGAUAGAGGCCAUCUUCACCAAUAGACGUGAGAUAAGAUGGGAAACAACAGUUCUUGGAAUAAUCUUCCUUAUUUUCUUGCAAUUUACAAGGCACUUGAGGGUUAAAAAACCAAAACUCUUUUGGGUAUCUGCUAUAGCUCCAAUGACAACUGUAGUAGUUGGUGGCAUUUUUACCUAUCUUGUCAAAGGUCCAACACAUGGAAUUCAAAUUGUGGGGCAUUUAGAUAAAGGAUUGAACCCAUGGUCAAUUCAAUAUUUGAAUUUUGAUAGAAGAUAUUUACCAGCGGUGUUAAGAGCUGGUUUAAUCACUGGAGUUUUGUCAUUAGCGGAAGGAAUAGCCAUAGGAAGAAGCUUUUCUGUUACUGAUAAUACACCUCAUGAUGGAAACAAAGAGAUGAUAGCUUUUGGACUUAUGAAUUUACUUGGUUCUUUUACAUCAUGUUACUUAACUAGUGGACCAUUUUCCAAGACUGCCGUGAAUUAUAAUGCAGGGUGUAAAAGUGCAAUGACAAAUGUGGUACAAGCAAUUUUAAUGGCUCUCACACUACAAUUUUUGGCACCAUUAUUUGGCAACACACCACUUGUUGCUCUAUCAGCUAUUAUUGUGUCUGCAAUGUUGGGGCUCAUAAAUUAUGAAGAGGCUAUUUACCUCUUUAAAGUUGAUAAAUUUGAUUUUGUUAUUUGCAUGAGUGCUUUUUUAGGUGUUGCCUUUAUAAGCAUGGAUAUGGGCCUUAUGAUCUCUGUUGGACUAGGUUUGGUUAGAGGACUACUAUAUUUGGCUAGACCUGCAUCAUGCAAACUUGGAAAAUUAUCUGACUCUGGAAUAUACAGAGAUGUUGAACAAUAUUCUAAUGCUUCAAGAUUUCCAGGAGUUUUAGCUUUACAAAUUGGUUCUCCUGUUUACUUUUCAAAUUCUACUUAUCUCAAAGAAAGGAUUUUGAGAUAUGUUAAAAGCGAACAAAUCUCUUGUGGAGAUGUCGUCGAACAUGUUAUACUCGAUUUUACAGGAGUAAAUUCCAUUGACACAACCGGUAUUGAAGGAUUAUUGGAAACAAAUAAAGUGUUAGAAAGAAAAGGAAUUCAGAUGUUAUUAGUAAAUCCAAGGCUAGAGGUUAUGGAGAAGCUAAUACUAUCAAAGUUUGUUGACAAGAUUGGAAAGGAAAAAUUCUAUCUAAAUUUGGACGAUGCAGUGGUGGCAAGUCAAUAUUCACUCAGAAACUCUAAGACAAAUAAUAAUGAAGAGGCAAUUUAA